AUGACGUCAGAGCCCACAUCCUUGUCACAGCUCCACAUCCCAAAUCCAUACGCGCCACAAUGUCAAACCUCAUGGCGGGGCAACCGCGCAGGCACACAGCCGCAAGCAAAGCCAAUGGGUGAAUAUCGCAACGGUACCAACCCACGAUAUAGCAAGAUGCGGUCCAUCCUCAUCAUCAACCCAAACUCCACGGAGCAAAUGACCAACGGCCUGAAGCCGCUCGUCGACGCCCUGCAGUUCAAAGACACCGCUCACGAGUACUUCACCGCCCCCUCCGGCCCCAAGAGCAUCAACAACGAAGACGACGCCGCAGAGUCGGUGAAACACUGCCUCCCCGCUCUCCGCGAACAACUCGCCCGCCACGAUGCUUUCCUCGUCGCUUGCUACAGCCAACACCCGCUCGUCCCUCUCCUCAAAGAAGAACCCGCUAUAAAAGAUACGAGAAAACCUGUUACGGGUAUCUUCGAAGCUAGUGUUGGUGCUUCUUUGCAAGCUAUCCACCCCGACGAGAAAUUCGGCAUAGUAAGCACGGGAAAAGUCUGGGAAACCAUCCUCACGGAUGCCACAAUAGCCUUUUUGGGCACGGGCACAGACGCGGGUAAACGGUUUGCAGGCGUUGAGACAACGGGGCUCAAUGCGACGGAUUUGCAUGAUGCGCCGCCGGAGGAGGUGAGGAAGAGGAUGAAGGAUGCGGUUAAGAGGUUGUUGGGUAAGGGGAAAGUGGGUGCGAUUUGUCUGGGUUGCGCGGGUAUGGCGGGGAUGGAUGAGAUGGUUCGUGAGGCUUGUGUGGAGGAGUUGGGGGAGAAGGAGGGGGGGAGAGUGAGGGUUGUGGAUGGGGUUAUGGCGGGGGUUGCGUGGUUGGAUGGGGCUGUUAGGGCGGGAUUUUAG